GAGACAGGGAGAGAGGGAGAUUGAUCAUCUGAACGUCCUGGGCCUUUUUACACCCCUUGGAGAAUCACCUCAGUUCUUUCUACAUCCAUUUUGUUUUCUUUGCCUCCAUUAUCGGAUUUAAAGCUUAAGGGUUUUUCUUUUUCUUUUCUUUUCUUUCUUUUGUCUGAGUGCGCGUGUGUAUGCGUGUGUGUGUGUGUGUGUGUGUUGGUGGUGGGGUAUUAUCCAGGCAGGAGACGUGCCACCACCAGCAGCAGCAGCAUCAGCACCAGCAGCAGCAGCAGCAGCAGCAGCAGAGUCACAUCUCUCCAUCCCGGGCACGUCGGCAACACCAGGAGGGUGUUCGCUCUUGUCAUGGGGUUGACCGGAAGACGAGAGUGACGGAAGAACAGUGAUGCCACUGUUUACAUAACCGAAGACCCACACACAUACACACUCACACACAUGCAUCCCCUUAAACAUCCACACACAUAGCGAUUCAAGGGACAAACUGGGACUGAGUCACUGCACUCUGAAGAAUCAACAGUCACACUGAGACGAGAAGGAAGAAAGCACCCACGAGACGCUGUGUCCGACGUGCUAUGGGCCAAGCUGAGGAGGAGCUGUGGUCAACGGUAGUGCACCUCUGAAGAACAUCCAUCUCUCUGCUCUUCUCAGUUCACUCUCUUAUAUCUCACGUGAACCAUGGAUGAGCGGAGGCCCGGGAGAGCUCCGCCUCUCUCCAUCCUCUUCUUCAGCUUCUCUGCUGGGAUUCUAUUGUUCCUCUCGCUUCCAUCCUCUUCAGCCCAGCAGACUGUUCCUGUCAUAUCCACAGCCCAAGGCCGUAUCCGUGGUAUGCUAACCCCUCUGCCCUCUGACCUCCUGGGCCCUGUGGUUCAGUACCUGGGUGUGCCCUACGCCAGACCUCCCACUGGAGAUCGACGCUUUCAAGCCCCGGAGCCCCCUCUACCUUGGCCAGGGAUACGCAACGUAACCCAGUUUGCACCCGUGUGUCCGCAAUCGCUAGACGAGAGGAGCAUGCUGGGAGAUAUGAUGCCACCCUGGCUCACCGCGAAUCUGGAUACAGCAGCCACGUAUAUGACGCACCAGAGCGAGGACUGCCUCUAUCUCAACAUCUACGUCCCCACAGAGGAAGACAUCCAUGAAGAGGGCGGUCAGAGGCCGGUGAUGGUCUACGUGCAUGGCGGCUCCUACACCGAAGGCACCGGGAACAUGAUGGAUGGCAGCGUGCUGGCAAGUUAUGGCAACGUGAUUGUCAUAACGCUCAACUACCGCCUUGGAGUGCUCGGAUUCCUGAGCACCGGAGACCAAGCGGCGAAGGGAAACUACGGCCUGCUGGAUCAGAUUCAAGCCUUGCGUUGGGUGAAAGAGAACAUUGGAGCUUUCGGAGGGGAUCCAAACAGGGUCACAGUGUUUGGGUCUGGGGCCGGAGCCUCCUGCGUCAGUCUUCUCACACUGUCUCAUUACUCAGAGGACUUGUUCCAGAGGGCUAUCAUCCAGAGCGGCAGCGCCCUGGCCAGCUGGGCCGUCAACUACCAGCCCAGCAAGUACGCUCGACAGCUCGGGGAGCGGGUGGGCUGCGGCAUCGAUGAUAGCACCCAACUGGUGGCUUGCCUGCAGGGCCGGAGUUACCGAGAACUUGUGGAGCAGAACAUCACCCCGGCGAAAUAUCACACCGCCUUCGCCCCUGUGAUUGACGGAGACGUUAUACCAGACGAUCCGCAGAUUCUGAUGGAGCAAGGGGAGUUUCUCAACUACGACGUGAUGCUGGGCGUCAAUCAGGGAGAGGGCGUGAAGUUCGUGGACGGGAUUGUGGAUUCAGAGGACGGGGUCACCGCCGAGGACUUUGACUUUGCCGUGUCUGAUUUUGUGGAUAGCUUGUAUGGAUACCCAGAAGGACGGGACACGCUGAGAGAGAGUAUCCGGUUCAUGUACACUGACUGGGCCGACCGGGACAAUGCUGAAACCCGCAGGAAAACCCUCGUGGCACUGUUCACCGAUCACCAGUGGGUGGCCCCGGCCAUUGCCACGGCAGACCUUCACGCCCAGUAUGGGUCUCCCACCUAUUUCUACUCAUUCUACCACCACUGCCAGAGUGACGCCACGCCGCUAUGGGCAGAUUCGGCGCACGGUGAUGAGGUGCCCUACGUGUUCGGCGUGCCCAUGGUGGGGCCCACGGAUCUGUUCAACUGUAACUUCUCCAAGAACGACGUGAUGUUGAGCGCAGUCGUCAUGACUUACUGGACCAACUUCGCUAAGACCGGAGAUCCAAACCAGCCGGUCCCUCAAGACACCAAGUUCAUCCACACCAAACCAAACCGCUUUGAAGAAGUCGCCUGGUCCAAGUACACACCGAAGGAGCAGCUGUACCUUCACAUUGGCUUAAAGCCGCGGGUCCGAGACCACUAUCGAGCCACCAAGAUCUCCUUCUGGCUUCAGCUGGUUCCUCAUCUGCAUCAUGUCAACGAGCUCCUGCAGUCCGUCUCCUCCUUCACUCACAGUCCGUCCCCGCAGGACGACACUCCCUACUCUUACACCAAGCGCCUCUCCAAGGGUUGGCCUCCCAGCAGCACCCGGCACCCGGGCUCACAAGGAGGAACCCAGCAGCCACCAGAGUCAGCGCUAGGCCAGGGUGGAGGGGAGACCGGAGUCCAUGUGCCUAGUGAGGACUACUCCACGGAACUCUCUGUAACAAUCGCAGUUGGAGCUUCGCUGCUGUUCCUCAACAUCCUUGCGUUUGCCGCUCUUCUGUACAAGAAAGACAAGAGACGUCUGGAGCAUCGCAGACCUCGUCCUCUUCCCCCGCCGCGGCGGGACAUCACAGCGGCGGACGUGGCCGCCCACCUACAAGGGGAGGGACUCAUGUCACUGCAGGUGAAGCAGCUGGAAUGUGACGCAGCGUCGGCCGACGAGAGGAACAACACGCACCACCACCACACCCUGGACACGCUGGACGCUCUGGACGGGCUGGACACUCAGGACAUCUACAGCACCCUGGACACUGUGCGCCUCACCUGCCCGCCCGAUUACACGCUCACCUUGCGCCGCUCCCCGGACGACGUGCCCCUCAUGACCUCGCUCACCCCGGGAUCUCUCCCUGUGACGCCGGGGUCCCACCCCGUCACUCCGGCGACGCCAAUGACACCCAUGACGCCCGGCUCCGUGGUGGGCAUGAGAAUGGGGCAUCCUCACCAGGGCUACACACACCACAGCCCCUAUAGUAACACACACUUGCCACACACACACAUCUCGACACACACACACUCCACCACGCGUGUAUAACCACAGCGGGAGGCUUGCACACAGAGGAGGACAUAAUCACGACAAUAUAUCCACAUAUACAGGAAACAAAGGACUGAAAUACCUCUACUAAUUACCCUGCAGGAUUGUUACUGAUGGGAAGACGGAAAGUUCUAGUAACAGGAUGAAGAGACUGACAGCUGUGUGUGGCGUCGUGAGGAACUAACACCAACAGGCUCCACGGAGAUGCAGUUCUAUGCAUCAUUUGCUCUCAACCCGAGACAAGCCGAGCUGAGACAUCCGUCCGACGUCUCUGCUUUGGAUAUUAAACAUUCUGCUUUUUCUAAGUCUGUGGAAUACUCUUACAUAAGGUUCAGCCAUGGUUUUACCGUCCCAGCGCUGCACGGCCGCUGGGACCCAGCCGACGCAGAAUUGAGCAAAAAAAAAAAAAAAGAAAAGAAACGCACACACAGACUGUUGAUGUCAACUUGAACAACCUGUGAAAUGUGAAUGUAGCAUUUUUAUUUUCCAUUCAGAGAUCAAACGGCGCUGUCAAGCCAAGGAUCAAGCUUAUCUGAGGAGGGGAAGUGUCAUCCUUCCGAUGGAUGUUUGGAAAAGACGAGGGAUUAAAAGAAACUUUAGCUGGAGGAAAACUUAGAUAGUGAGACAGAGAAGGAAAGUGUGCCAAGCCAGACUUCCUGAAGAGUCACUCUAACCAGCUAAGUGUUCAGCUCUACUGUAAAUAGAAAGAUAUAUUAUGAUUUAUAGCAUUUACCUGCUCUUGCAUUCAACAUGACUUAUUUAACCACAUCAUUGCUUUCAUUUUAGAUAUAACUAUAUUAUUGUGUAGAUGUCCUGAUGACGCGCGGCUGGUUGUCCUCCGAUCUCACCCACUGUAGUAUGUACACAGUACCAUUCUGUGAGCGCUUUAUUUGCUAUGCACAUCCUCAUUUGUUCCAGUGUGCGCGCCUCUCAUGUGACCCGGAAUAUUUUUCUGAGACCAUUCUGUCCGUUGACGACGAGCUAGUACUGUGUAGAUAAUGCAAUAUUGGUUUGAUGAUUGUGCACCAGCCAAAAACCAUCAACCCCCCUUGUGUUCGCCCCCCCUCCCCUGAAAUGCCUUACAGACUCCCUGGAUUAUAAUUUACCAGUCAGAGAAAGAUGUGAUGAUAUUCCGGUGAAAAAAAAAUCCAAUAUGAAACAGAAUUGUCUCUAGAGGAGCAACUGCUGUGUUUCCGCUCAUGAGUCUGUGGUUUUAUGUCGGUUACAAAACCAUCACAGGCGUGAUUAAUGAUGGUUUGAGAGGACGGUCACCAUGACUUUGUUUUUUAUACGGUCGACAUUGAGCACCAGUUUGGGUGCAUAAACAUUACCAUGCCAUCAUGUUUGGGCCCUUUCAGAGGGAGGUGUAGGAGGCAAGUGCAGCCAGGGAGGAAACCAUGCAGCACAGGUGCAGUACCGGGUGUUACCACUGCAACGUCGAAGCUCAUCCAAUUGGUCGCCAUCCCACUUCUGACACCACGUGUUGUGGACCGACGAGAAUACUUGUCUUGAUCCUUCACUCGAACUUUGUGAAGCUUUGGUUUUACAACUUAACAAUUCAGUGGCUGAGCCAUAUCAUUUUAGGACGGGGCAUUUUCGGCUUUUGCGCUGGACUUGUUUUAAGCUAAAAAUUUUCUACAGGCAUUUGACUGGCCGCCUGCGACCCUGCCAGGUUCUCAUAUAAAGCAAUAAAUGACUGAUAAAUGCUUAUGUCCCCCAGCCAUGUUUUACACUUGCAGAUGAAAGACUGAAUUAUGUUACUGUAGUCAAAGACUAAAUUAUUUCAAAUCCAAUUAAAUUGAUAAAUAAACAUAUUCCAUUAUGGCUGCUUCACUUUCAUAUAUUGACAAUAAACAAAUCUUGAAGCCAUAAGAAAAAGCUAUCGACAGUGCUAUUGUGAUAUCUAUUUUUAAGUUUUUCACACUCGGUGAAGCUCCCAUGGAACGGACGCUUGUUCAGAAUAUUACUGUCAUAUUAUAUACAUUAUUAUAUCCAUUGUUUUAGUGACUACUUGCUGACCGUGGCCGCGUCAAUUCAUCUCCACACCGGUUGAGAAAUUAAAUGUCGUGCUCCAAGAAUGCCGAUGUCAUCCUCUCUGAAAACACGGCUCUUGUACUUUUCACCAACCUCUCUCAGAUUAUAACGCUACAAAGGCUAUUAUUGUCCCUGUCCCUCAGUUCCUUAACAUCUUGUUCCGUCCUAUUUAACCUCCUGUCAUGAUCCUAGGUAACUUCAGGAGAAAAAAGAAAGUGGAAAAUUGUGGAUAAAGAGCGAAGGACUUUUGAAAAAAAAAAAUUAUGUAUUAAGAAAAAAAAUUGUAUGGGUUUUUGUUUUUGUUUCUUUUUCCAUUUGGGUUGAUUGACUCAGUGGAUGGCUGGAUUGUGUCAAGCAUAAAACAUUUCUGCUGCAUUUUUGAAAAUA